AUGCCUACUCGUAAACGACCACCGUUCUGGAAGAGUCUCGCUCCGGCACCACUUGCAUUGCCAGCUGGUUCGACGCCCUCAGCCAAGCCUGGUCAAGGUCCUGGGACGUUCUCCGCACAGGCAUCACUCCCACAUCUUCCCGUCCCCCCUCUGUCAGAGACCUUGAAGAGGGUGAAGGAUACGCUGCGACCACUUGCUCAUUCGAAUGAUGAAUUCGAAGCAGCAAGUAAGAAGGUCGAUGAGUUUGGAAAGGCAGGUGGUCAGGGCCAGGAGUUGCAUGCAAGGCUGGAGAAGUGGAGAGAUGACGGCGAGAAGGAGGGUAGGGACCAUUGGUUAGAGGAAUGGUGGGAUGAUGGUGCUUACCUUGGUUAUCGUGACUCGGUCGUUGUCAAUGUCUCGUACUAUUACGGAUUCGACGCACACCCAUCACAUUACCCUCAGACUUCUACCCAUCGAGCCGCCUCGCUAACACGCGCAACUAUGCUCUUCCGCCAGAAGCUCAAACUGGGGCAAAUCAAACCCGAAGGUACCAAGGAUACGGCGUUUUGUAUGGACACAUUCCGAUGGAUGUUCGAUUGUUCUCGCGUCCCGGGUCCAGAAGGACUUGACUGGAGUACUUCUUAUGCUGUAGCCGGUGCUCAGGGCACGGAGAACGCCCAUAUCGUGGUCCUGCGUCGUGGACGAGUCUGGAAACUACGCACUGCCCAGGAUGGUCGUAUUCUCUCGACGGAAGAGCUCGAGACGCAAAUCAAGAGGAUCAUAGCAGAAACCACCUCAGAUUACCCCGGCAUCGGUCUUCUAACGUCCACCAACCGCGAUACCUGGGCCACGAACUACACCACACUUUCCUCCAAUCCACACAACGCCAAGAUCCUCGAAGACAUACAAUCAGCGUCCUUCGUUCUCUGUCUUGAUACCGAACAGCCCAAAGAUCUCGUGCAACACUCUCGCUUCCUGUGGCACGGUUCGUCUCCCGCCACAAAUCCUGGCGGCGGUCGACUUGGGCUCUACAACCGCUGGGUCGACAAACCGGUACAACUCAUCGUAUUCGACAACGCGGAAGCAGGGAUUAUGGGCGAGCACUCCGUUAUGGAUGGCACGCCGACAGUCACCUUGUGUGACACCGUGCUGGACAUGCUCGCGGAUCCGGCGUUCGACCAUUCUUCGCCUACGCCUUCUGGAGCCUCGUCUUCUUCAGUCAAAGGACCGGAACCGCUGGAUUUUGAGGUCAAUGCGGAGGUCGAGAAGGCGUUGAAGAGUGCGGAGCAGGAAAGUCUGGAGCUCGUCGAUGGACAAGCUAUGAAUGUCUUCCGGACACAGUAUGGGAAGAAGGCCAUCAAGACUUUCGGAGUCUCGCCAGAUUCAUGGGCGCAGAUGGUCGUGCAGUUGGCAUAUGCGAGGUUGAUUGGAGGGUCAGUGAACAGACAAGGAGGAACGUAUGAGGCUGCGACGACGAGGAGGUUCUUGAAAGGGAGGACUGAAGCGAUUAGGGUUGUGAGCAGUGAAAGUGAUGAUUGGGUGAGGAGCAUGGAUGAUGCGAAUGUUAGAAAUGAAGAGAGAAAGAGGUUGUUUGGGUUGGCCUGUAAGAAGCACGUCGAGCUUGCGAAGGCGGCGGGAAAGGCGGAGGGAGUUGACAGACAUAUUUUGGGAUUGAAGAAGGUACUGAAAGAAGGCGAGGAUGUGCCGGAGUUGUUCAAUGAUCCCUUGUUCAAGAGGUCCAGUUAUUGGGUGCUCUCUACGUCUGCAGUAUUCUCGAAGCACUUCGGACCAUACGGCUGGGGGGAGGUCGUACCUGACGGAUAUGGGGUGGCGUACAUGACUGGUUUUGAUGGUAGGUACUAUCUGCAGUAUACGAUCACGUCCCGUAAGGAGAUGCCAAAUUCCAAGUUCGUCGAGGAGAUUGCAAGAGCUGCGCAAGAUUUGUAUGAUUUGCAUGUGGCGAAAUCAAAGCUUUGA